ACUACCUACAGCUGAUUUCAGUCACAUAUACUGUAAGUGUCCAAGAAUCAGGUGUCCGUAUUUAUCCUCUGUAUACCUAAAUCCUGAUGGCGGUUUUCCUGUGCAAAUUUCUGCUUAAGAAGGAUUGUUUAGUUUACUACACAGCUAAAUCAUGAUAUCAAGUGGAUCGGUGGGAUGACGAUGAGGACACAUUAACUGUGGGGGUGAGAUAGACGCACCUGCACUCUCCGCGCCGGCAUUUUGGUUCGCAAAACGACCCGACGGCGUAAAAACAAUUGCCACACAGAGCUUCAGUCUGUCUUUAUGUAAGAUUGUCUAAGUACUCCAUAUAUAACCCCUGUAUAUAGGACAGGUAUAUGCAUUUGCUCUGAACACGCAGACUGCCUGGACCAUUCAGCUCAUUGUAUUUAAGCUGUACUGUAAGCCUAAUGGAGUACGACGAAGUCUUGGAGCACGUUGGUCCGUAUGGACGCCACCAGAUGUUGGCAUGGUUCCUGGUCACUGUUCUCUCCAACUGGCCCUUUGCAUGGCAGACGUUCAGCAUGAACUUCUUGGGCUACGAGCCGGAACACAGGUGCAGGAUUCCAUUUGGAGAUUUCAACGACACGUCGGUUGGAGAUGCUGGCAACUACUCGUUUUCCAGCAUUGGGAAGUGCAGUCUGUUCGCCAACGACACCGCAGGCAACAAUUACACCACGGGCUGUGAGUACGGCUGGUGGUACAGCCAUAACCCCGUCACUAACUCCAUCGUUACUCAGUGGGACCUGGUUUGCGAUAAGAACUUUCUGGCAGAGACAGCGCAAGCCAUCUUCAGUUUUGGCAUUCUUCUAGGCGAUCUCCUCUUCGGAUUCCUGGCUGAUAGAUACGGAAGAAGAAAGAUAUUUUUCGGGACAUUGGCGGGCACGGCAGUGGUGGGGUCUGUGGCCAUGUUCUCGCCAAAUGUCUACAUCUUCCUGGUGUUUCGCUUCUUUCUGGGUACAUUGACAGUGGGAUUCUGGCUCACCGGCUACCUUUUAAUACUGGAAAUCUUCCCGCCAAAACAGCGAACUUAUUUCGGAAUUCUGGCAGCAUUUGGCUGGAACAGCGGUGCCCUCACCAUGGCGUUGUUCGGCUACCUCAUCCGGGACUGGAAAACACUACAGCUGGUGAUAUCGUUGCCUGCUCUGGCGGGGGUCUUGGUCUGGUGGUUUGUCCCGGAGUCUGUGCGUUGGUUGUUGGCAAGAGGCAGACAAGGGGAAGCACAGCAGCUGGUCUACAACAUGGUCAAGUUCAACAAUAAGAAACUGCCAGAAGAUUUUCAGCUUUGUGUGCCAAUCUCGAAAAAAGACAGAAGCGCCGGAGACGACUCAAACAACGAAGAGAAAACGUACACGACUCUUGAUUUGUUCAGGACCCCCAAAAUUCGACUGAGAAUAAUUUGCUGCACGAUACUGUGGAUUGUGAAUACACUAGUGUAUUACGGCAUCUCCUUCAGUGCACCCAGUAUUAACGGCGACUUCUACCUCAACUUUUUCCUUCUAAUGGUGAUAGAAGUGCCUGCGGUCAUGUUAGCUUUGUUACUAGCAUGGAGAAUAGGGCGCCGUAUGCCGUUAAUAGUAUCCGGGAUGCUGGCUGGAAUCGCCUGUAUCGUCACUCCUUUUAUUCCAACGGACACAGGUUAACUGAUCUCCCUUUGCUUCUGUUUACAAUAUAGUACUCAUUAGGUCGGGAUGUAAUGAUCUUUGUUUAUCAAAUAAGUUUUUUUUUCUUUUCAGUGAUCUUACUUA